AUGGCUUCUAAUAACAACACAAUAUCUACUAAAUCUGAGGAAAACAUCAAGUUCCCGCCUUUGUUGUGUAUGACACUGAAAGAUGCGAAACGAAAAUCGGAAUAUGCCACAACGUUUUCGCCAAAGCACCGUCUCAUCUACCCUGGCAUCAAGCUAUCGCCAACAUUUCUGUACCAAAGUUCAAGAAAUUUCGAAAGCCAGAGGCCUCGUCAAACGCGGCUACCUGGAUUUGUUCCCAGAAUAAACACAGGCGCACUACAUGAUUACAAUUUCGUACACACUCGGGCAUUCUAUCAUCCUCUGGAGCCAAACAGACAGUAUUUUACACUCGGAGCUGAUUGGGUGUCUGAAAAACCAGUACGAAAGAACAACCCGUUCUCAUAG